AUGAUACAGACCAGUACGACAGGUCUGUGUAUCGCAGCUCUACUCCUUCUUGUCCUCCCAAUAUGUCAACACAACGUCCUAGUCCAAGCUGACGCCGAUUUCCUCGAUGUACGGACCAACCUGGCAAAGGAUCACAGUGGAAAAGGUGGCGAUCCCCAAGACAAAUACUUCCAUGAAUCAACCUUCCAUCCUCAUUACGAUGGCCGGUUCGCGGCAAAAGAGAUCGGCAAGGAGCAAAGAUUACCACACCUCACUGCAUUGAUGCAGACAUUUCUUGCAACCAUGGCCGACAUCGGCGCAGAGACCUGGAUCAUGCACGGGACACUGCUGGGCUGGUGGUGGAAUCAGAAGAUUCUACCGUGGGACUCGGACAUUGAUGUACAGGUCUCAGAGAGCACGAUCUCUUUCCUCGCAAAAUACUAUAACAUGACUGAAUACCAUUUCCGGAUCCCGGGGGUCAAGGAAGGUCGCACGUACUUGCUGGAGGUCAACCCCCAUUAUCGAAUCCGCAGCAUCGAGGACAAGUUGAAUGUAAUUGAUGCUAGGUGGAUCGACACUGAAACCGGCCUCUUCAUUGACAUAUCCACCGUCAGGAUCGACUACGGGGCAAGAGCGGCGGGCGUGCAAGGCGCGAUGAUGUCCAAGGACAAACACACUUAUAAGGAACAAGACAUUUUCCCGCUACGGGACAGCUUCUUCGAGGGUAUUCAUGUCAAGAUCCCCUUUGAAUAUGCGACCCUUUUAGAAGAGGAGUAUGGAAAGGAGUCGUUGACUCGGACCAAAUUCGAGCAGUAA